UGAGUUGCCUCUACAGUCUCGACAUGUGCACAGGUAAACGGCAUUACUUACCAACGCCAUGCAUCCUUCCGUUCUCGGCGAAACACAACAUUUCGAAAGCGUGAACGCGUAACAUACAAAACGUAUGUUUAAAUCUAGAUGGUUACGUCGUAGUUCCAGGUUCGCGGUCGUCUCGAAUCGGUUGAUCGAAUGCCAGCAUCGAGAAAUACGUUAGUGCCGCGGCUCACUUCCGGUCUUCAGCACCGGUUAUACGAAACUGCGACCGAACGAACGAUUAUCAAGAAGUUUUUUAACGAAUCCUGGAAUUAUUUGAAGAUUAUUCAAAUUCCAAGUAAUUUCGCUCAAAUGUUUUCAUCUUUUGCGAUGUAUUAAAGUGUAAUUACCGUUGGUGUGGUUCACCAAUUUCUUCAACGAUAACUUUAAUUAAAUAAUCACCGAGGAAGAUGGUGCGCGUUGCACGUUUGGCUCACACAAAAGAAGAAGCGACAAAGAUGAGGGAUGCGGUUCCGCAGAAAGGAAAUAACAACAAUAAUAAUACUAAUAAUAACAACAACAAUAACAAUAACGCAACUACGCUAAAGAGUAAACCAUCUUUGGAGAUUUAUCGGCCUCCAGGUGGAAGAACGGAAGGAACCACGGCGAACUCUCCUAAUCCACGUCUAAACGUACAUGCCAAGGAGUUCACUAUGAAGCAGAACGAUUCGCAUCCUUCUAAGUCUCGGACGAAUGCUUCAGAGAGAUCUCCAUACUAUUUGCAACAUAGCAAAUCAAGCGGUAACAUCCAUCGAUAUCUCUACGCCCAGCAACAGCAACAAAUACAGCAUGCUCUUCAACAACAACAUCAUCAAACGUCUCGUCAUCUUCAAGGUGGUCAUCAAUCCGCGCUGCGACAGUCUCAUCCGCUCGAUACCUCGGCAUCCAGUGGAAAUAUUUUACAUGGCUCGGGUAGGGUUCACUUCAGUAUGGAUCAAAACGAAGUGAAACCGAACCCAGGUAAACCAGGCAGACUCACUAAAUCAUUAUCAUUCGUUUCUACUUAUGGCCUGAAACGAUCGAAGAGCUUGAAUGCAGCUGACGUACUAGCUGCGAAGGCGGUGAAUAUUUCAGACGCGUCUGAGUUAGGCAAAUUCCCUGCUGCCAUUCAGGACACACUUUUAAAAGCCAUCGAAGAUCCAAAUGUAUUGAACGCAAGAGGAUUAAUGGAAUUGGUGCGUCACAUCCUGGACAGGGUCGUCGAGCAUCGCAGAUACGCAGAACCGGCUGCGAAAAUUUGCAUCACAAUCAUCGAGAAAGAAAGUAAGGAGACUUUCCUGGAGUCCUUGUUGAACACGUGUCAACAAUGGUAUCAGGAUCGCGCUAAAUUGCUCUACGACGGAUCAAGUUGUCAUCGUUAUUCUGCUUUCAUGACGUUUUUAAAUGAGAUGUAUUGUCAGUUGAAACGAAGGCAGCUACAGUUAAAGACGCAACAGGAGGGUGUUCCACCUGGACGCGUCCUUCUAACGUUACUUUGGAAGUGCUGUCAGGAUUGCCUACAGCCUCCGGUUGUAAAUUCCUUGGCAGAGACGGAUUGUCUGUUCUUCAUCUUGACGUGCAUCGGCAAAGAUCUGGACACCGAGUUGCCAGCCCAGCUGCAACAAUUGUUAGGAAGCUUAAGGGACGCCUUCCUCGCGGAGGAAACGAUAUUACCAUCGGUUAAAAAGACCAUUUUGCAAUUGAUCGAACUUCAUGCCGCGCAUUGGCAGCUUCCAGCACCAGCGGUCGUUUACUAUUACCCUGGAUCGACCUCCAAAUGAUCUUCCAACUUUUCAAAUCCUCCGUCCAUUUCUCGGUUCCUUGCGUGUGCGUUAAGUGGGUGCGAGCACGUUAAUGGAAUGGUUUGUACUUGAAUAUACGCAUAGAAUGUGCGGGUCAUAUGUAAUGAAAACGCUGUCGGCGGCGACUACGGGCGUAAAAAAAGUAAGCGUGUUGCUUUUAUACGCCUGAUUAUCGUGCAAAUAUUCAUUUAUAUCGCAGUUGGUAUAUUCUUCGCGUGGAGUGUAGCUGUGUAACGUUCUGUAACCGUUUGAACUAAUUAGAGGAUUUAGUGUUUCAAGAAAUCGUUGAAAGUUUUACAAAAAAACACUGUAAUAUUCUCCUCUAAUUACUUCGAGCUGUGAACUAAAGCCAUCCAUUUCGUUUAUAAUAAACGCUUCUUUUUCGUGAAUUCUUCGAAUAACGUUUAUCCGCUGACAAGAAAGACCGAAUGAAUUUGUGCCUCGCACGAAUCCCGUGAAAAACAGAAAGAUUUAUGACAAUUGGUAUCGCGCUCCAUUGCAAGGAAUGACAUUGAUGUCCACUUGGGAAUCGGUAACUCAUCGACUCGGUGCUGGAAACUGCGCAUCUGCUGUUCCAAGUUAGAAAUUGUCUCGUUAGUAAGGCAAUGGGUUAAGAAAUCGGGACACAUGAAACUGGCACGUCGUUUGGCUGAAUUAUCGCGUGAGGAUCGCUCUUUGAACGAGUUGAGAUCGCAGGUUCACGGUUAAGAGUGGACAUUGAAAUUCAGUCAUGUAUGCGUGACGAAUGAUUUGGACGGAGCUGGUGUUUGUAUAGAGCAUGUGUGGUAAUUGUUUGCGGAAGAUCACGAACCGCGAAUUUUCCUCAGCUUUUUCCGUAAACACGAUGGUACUAAGUACAUAUAAAAAAAAAGAAGAAA